AUGGAGGUAUCUGAGGAGCUUAGAAGGGAGCUGACUGCUUUGAAGCUUGAAAAUGCGAGGUUGCGUCGGCAGUUGGAAGGUAAAGAAGCAUCAGAGAACAAGUACCCUCUGUCGUUAGAAGAAUACAAGCGUUAUGGAAGACAAAUGAUUGUUGAAGAAACUGGAGGUACCCUGGGACAGGUCAAACUGCGAAAUUCCAGAGUUCUGGUUGUGGGUGCUGGAGGUUUAGGAAGCCCUGUCUUGCCUUAUUUAGCGGGCGCUGGUGUGGGGCACAUUGGAAUAGUCGAUAAUGAUGUAGUGGAUACUUCCAACCUUCAUAGACAGGUCCUUCAUGAUUCUGAGUCAGUUGGUACUUUGAAGUGUGAGUCGGCCAAACGGGCUCUCAACAGGCUCAAUCCACUUGUUGAAGUCAUCACCUAUCCGGUAAGGCUGAGCAACACUAAUGCUUUCGAAAUAUUUCGGAGCUAUGAUUAUAUUUUAGAUUGCACGGACACUCCGUUGACGAGAUAUUUGAUAUCAGAUGUUGCUGUUAAUUUGGGUAUAACGGUUGUGUCUGCUUCGGGCCUAGGAACAGAGGGACAAUUAUGCAUAUUAAAUUUCAAAAAAUUGGGACCGUGUUACAGAUGUUUCUACCCGAAACCUCCUACACCUACCUCCGUCACUUCAUGCCAAGAAGGUGGUGUAGUCGGGCCUUGCAUAGGCCUUGUUGGUGUGAUGAUGGCCGUAGAAACCUUAAAACUAAUCUAUGGAGUGUACGCGGAAGAUAACUUUCAGCCAUUUUUGACGACAUAUUCAGGUUUUCCCAAUCAAAGUAUGCGUACUUUUAAGAUGAGGGGUCGACAAGACAAUUGUGCUUGUUGCGGGCUAUCGCCAAUUGUCACUAAGGAUGCCAUCGAAUCUGGCACUAUCAAUUACCAAAACUUUUGCGGUUCCAGAAGCUAUGACUGUUGCUCUCUGGAUGAAAGGAUUAGUGUGGAAUUAUUCGAAGAUCAAUACAAAAAUCGCGAACCCUCCAGCUACAUUUUGUUGGAUGUCAGGCCGCACCAUCACUAUGAUAUAUCUCACAUUCCACAGGCUUAUAACCUUACGGUAAAAGAGUUGCGUGACAUGGAUGGUGAACUCACGAAAAUACAGAAGCAUAUACCAAACAUCAACAAAGAUAGUGAAGUUGUCGUGAUGUGCCGGUACGGCAACGAUUCUCGACUUGCCACUAGACUUUUAAAAGAUCAAUUUGGUAUCUCCAACGUAAAGGACGUUACUGGAGGGCUAUUCAGGUACAUCGACCGGAUCGAUCCAUCGAUACCAAAAUAUUGA